AUGAUAUUGCCGAGUAACCACCAUGUAACGAAGUUAAUUAUUGACAACGCUCAUUUCAAUACCCUACACGGUGGUAUCCAAUUAACACUUUGUACCAUCCGAAAACAAUUUUGGAUCAUACAUGCGCGCAAAACGGUGCGCAACCAUCUUAAAAAUUGCAUCAAGUGCUUUCGUAAUAACCCACAGCCCACUACACAAUUAAUGGGAGAUUUACCCACGCAACGCGUUAACCCUCCUCAACGCGCUUACUACGCAACAGGUGUUGAUUACACGGGGGCCAUCGAGCUGAAAUCGUCAAAACAUCGCGGUCAUACGGUUUACAAGGGUUAUAUAGCCAUAUUCAUAUGCCUGGCUACGAAGGCGGUGCAUAUAGAGGCAGUUACUGGCAUGACAACGGAGCAUUUUUUAUGGGCGUUACAGCGUUUCAUUGCCCGCCGUGGGAUAUAUCAGGACUUGUAUAGCGACUGCGGCACCAAUUUUGUUGGAGCUGAUAAAAUUUUGAAAAUUAAUCAAAGGCGAUUUGUCGAAGAAGUUGAGCGUGAUAUUGUACCUCAAUUAGCCGUACAAAACAUAAAUUGGCAUUUCAGCCCCCCGUACUCUCCAAAUUUUGGCGGGCUGUGGGAGGCUAAUGUAAAAUCCAUCAAAUAUAAUCUAAAACGCAUUAUCGGCGGAACAAGACUAACCUACGAGCAGCUGUCCACAACCCUGGCAAGGAUCGAAGCCUGCCUUAAUUCAAGGGCCUUGUGCCCGCUGACAUCCGACCCCGAUGACCUCUUUGUGUUAACUCCGGGGCACUUCUUGGUCGGGGACGCCUUACUUUCACCACCUGAAACCACUCCUGAUAGAAAAUCCCUUACAGCGCAGUAUUUUGAUAUGCAGCGAUUGGUACAACAAUUUUGGACCAGAUGGUCAGCAGACUGGCUCUCUCAUUUGCAAGCACGACCAAAAUGGAGGCAGGAGGAGCCAAAUCUCUGUGUAAACGAGCUGGUUUUGGUGAAAGAUGAUAAACUACCCCCCACUCAAUGGUUGGUCCAGGAUCAGACCAACUUGUACGAGUAG